AUGAGCGCUACUGAAAUAUCAAAUAAUUCAACAAAUAGUGAAAGCAAGUGUCUGGAUGCGGAUUUAAAUAUGAAUGGAUUGUCACUUCCAAUGUCUGUUCCCAUCGAUGGUCUCUUCGAAAAGCUGGAAAAGAACUUCGAAUCAUAUCGAAACAUUUCAAAUCUAAAGACAAUAUUGCAUUUUAUACACUUCAAUCUUUGCCGCUAUGUUCGCCAAGACUAUAUCAAUUGUGAUGUUGGCCUCAGACUUGAUGCUUUCUAUGAAGAUCAUAAGGAAACGGAACAAGACUUGAUGAUAGUGAUACAGAUAAUUCAUCAGGUUCUAUAUUCAUUAAAUAUACGUGAUAGUAAAGAAAUUACAAUUAAUUCCAAGGUCUUCGCAAUGUUAGCAAACCAUUUGCCAAGAGUAGCUGACAGAAAAUUGGUUGCCAAUAUUAUAGCAUGCAUUCGAUUAUAUAUUAAGGCCUCCGCAGAUAAUACCGAUUUAAUAAAAACCAUUUUAACAAAUCUACUGGAAUGUUUAAAAACCAUCACCGUUCAGAGAAAAAUUCAUGUCGAUAUACUAAUGCAACUAUUUGAUGAUUUUUGUAGCAUUCGACCGGAUUUAUAUUGCGAUCCCGUCGUGGUAUCUACAACACAGUCCCUAUUAGAGUCUAGCCAAAGAGAAGAUCGUAAAUGUGGCUACUAUUUACUGAAGAAAAUAAUCAAUUCGCUUUUGAUGGUAUCACAAAAUGAAAAUAAUGCAUUAAUUUCUUCGGAACACCGGCAGAAAAUUGAACGAUUCUGGGUAACGUACGUAACCAUAUUAGAAAAUUUAGAAGAGAAUCAGUCGCAUUUGAUAUUGCCAUCCCUGGAUAAUUUGGGCGAUUUAGUUAGCAGCAAAGUAGUACCAUCAUCAUGGAUGGAUAUAUUGUUUGUCAGAAUUCUAACCCAUAAAAAUAGUUUGGUUAUACGAUGGUCUAUCGAGUACUUUUUAAAUGCCUUUACCUGUUGCGAACUGAAUGUUGAAGUGUUGAGACAACUUCUGGAUGCUUGUAAUUCCAAUAUGCUGUAUAACUGUGAAGGUUAUUUUAUAAGCCGGGAAUAUUUUAUGAAAUUUUUUCAAGGAGAUUUAACCAGCCUCUUUGAAGUAAUUGGUGACAUAAAUUGGAAAUCCGUACCCAUGCACAACAUAUUGACAAUUUUAGCGGAAAACACAAACAUUACCCCCAAAGUUGUAACUUAUGAUCAUGUUAUAAAAAUUGCCUCUAGAGUACGUGCCCUACAAGAUUAUCAGAUACGACAAACGACAUUGUUGAUGGCAAAUAAGAUUUUUGAGAAAAUUAUAGAGGACAUGACAUUAAGGGAGUACGUGAAUUAUGUCGAAACUCUUUGCAACGCCACCGAUCACUAUGGCGUUUUUAAAAAUUUAUAUUCCAAAGUGAAUACUUUGGAGGACAACGAAACUGCUAAUUUGUUUAUGGGACGUUUCUAUGAAAUACUAGUCUCAAAUAUUGAGUACACAAAUUAUGAUGACUUCGUGGCAUUUUUCAACAAACUGCCUGUUGCGCUGCAUGGUUGGCUAAAAUACUUACCAUUCCAUUUUAACUUUUGCAGUAUGAACAAAUUACAAGAAUUCUCCAAGUUAUAUAACAUAAAGAUCGAGGAAUACAUGUACUGCCGCGAUACAAGCGAUAGAAACGAAUAUGAUCAACAACUUCUUUCGGCAAUAGCAUUUUAUGUCCAUAACUUAAAGACUUUUGACGAUGUAAACGAAGAUACGUUCAGAAUUAUUUUCAAUCAUGAGCUAACAGAGAAAAUAAUUCAAAGCAUUUGUUCUCUCCUGGAUGCAACUAAGAAAAUAUUAAGCCAUUGGGUCAUAACUAGUUUAGUUGAUCAAAUGGCAGCAUUUAAAGAAAUAGACUACGCGUCAGAAUUGAAGGUACAUAAAUAUUUGGAGAAGAAUAAAUUGUGUGAAGAAUAUGUGAUGUACUUUCUUGAUAAGCGUCCUACUCUAUUAUACACUUGUCAGCUCAACCUGCUGUACAAUCCUAAGUUUGGGAUGUGGAAUUAUGGCUGUGAUGAUGUUAAGAAGGGCGACUCCAGAAUUGAAGAAUCCUACCGAGAGAGAUAUUUUGGAAGACCCAACAAUAUAAUGAGAAAUCUCUGGUUACAUCAAUUAUCCUCGUUUGGCGAUGCCAACUACCUUUUACACUUGGUAGAACACCACAAGGCGAUUUCCAAAAAGAAAUCACGAUAUUUUGCAAAUUCUACUGAACACCGUUUAAAAAUGAGAAUCGCUCUGGGAUUUGCCAAGACCAUUAUGAAAUGUGAAUGUAUCAGCGAUAGUUUGCUAGAUCAGUUGUGGUCAAUUCUUUUGGACGAAAAUAAUCAGCUAAAUAUAAGUUAUUUCUAUGAAUACAUUGUGGGAACCCGGGAAAUUCGCAAGGAUGUAUUUCUUAAAAAAUUAACAGAGGCACACAGCUUAACAUCAAGCCAACAGGUGUCCAUUUUAUCAUCACUAUUUACAUUUUGCAUGUGGCGAACGACGGACUUAAGCUAUGAUGACAAGAACACAAUCAUUAUGAAUUUGAUGGCCUUAACUAUGGGUGCCAAUUUUCAUACACGACUGUUUGCCCAAUUGAUAUUAACGAAACUUUUAAAUGAAAAAGGAUUCCACGAGUUAACGUAUGGGUCUCAACUCUUGCAAUCAAUAGAGGUAGCAACGCGAGGAAAAUUAGAAGAGCACUGCAAUGACUUACGCCUUUACUUGUAUAAAUUCGAAGAUCCCUCUAAGAUGUGGGAUAUCGUUUUAUAUGUAACUAAUUCUCCAUAUGAUGAAAUUGUUCGAACUUUUGACUAUUAUCGUUGGCAAGAUGAUUUCGAUGUAACGCUUUUAAGCUGUAAGAACGCAUUUUCAAAAAAGGUCGUUCGAAACAUGGACGAGAAUUUAGAGAACGAAAUAACCAGCAGUAAUCAAGUUCAACGAAAAAUGAAUCCUUCCAAUGACAUUUUAGAACACAGUAAUCUAUUGGUGUAUCCCCCGAAACAAAAUCAUUGCCAGAUGUAUGUUAUUGCAAGUCUCAUUGACAAAUUGCCAAAUUUAGGCGGAAUUGCACGUACCUGUGAAGUUUUGGGUAUUCAUAAUCUUAUUAUGGACUCGAAGAAAGAUAUUGAAAAGAGUGAUUUUAAAAAUCUAAGUAUGACAGCAGAAAAAUCUCUUAACAUCGUUGAAGUCAAAGCAAAUGAUUUAAGGGAGUUUAUCAUUGAAAAGCAGAAGGAAGGCUUUGCUGUUGUAGGUGCCGAACAAACGUCGAAUAGCGAAAAUUUUGUGAAAUUCCAAUUUCCUGAGAAGUGUAUUUUACUAUUGGGACAUGAAAAAGAUGGAAUACCGCCUACAUUGUUGGGACUUUUAGAUCAUGCUGUGGAAAUACCACAAUUCGGACAAGUACGUUCAUUGAACGUACACGUAACCGGUGCUCUAUUCAUGUGGGAAUAUUGCAAACAACAUAUUGUACAAAUUGCGUAACCU